AUGGCGGCCAGCCUGUGGAUGGGGGACCUGGAGCCCUAUAUGGAUGAGAACUUCAUCUCUAGAGCCUUUGCCACCAUGGGAGAAACUGUCGUGAGCGUCAAAAUUAUCCGAAACCGCCUCACUGGGAUUCCAGCCGGCUACUGCUUUGUAGAAUUUGCAGAUUUGGCUACAGCGGAGAAGUGUUUGCAUAAAAUUAAUGGGAAACCCCUACCAGGAGCCACACCUGCAAAACGUUUUAAACUGAACUAUGCAACUUAUGGGAAACAACCAGAUAAUAGCCCUGAAUACUCCCUCUUUGUGGGGGAUCUAACCCCAGAUGUGGAUGAUGGCAUGCUGUAUGAGUUCUUCGUCAAAGUCUACCCCUCCUGUCGGGGAGGCAAGGUGGUUUUGGACCAGACAGGCGUGUCUAAGGGCUACGGGUUUGUGAAAUUUACAGAUGAACUGGAGCAAAAGCGAGCCUUGACUGAGUGCCAGGGAGCAGUAGGACUGGGGUCUAAACCAGUGCGGCUAAGCGUGGCAAUCCCCAAAGCGAGUCGUGUGAAGCCUGUGGAGUACAGCCAGAUGUACAGUUACAGUUAUAACCAGUAUUAUCAGCAGUACCAGAACUACUAUGCUCAGUGGGGCUACGACCAGAAUACAGGCAGCUACAGCUAUAGUUACCCCCAGUAUGGCUAUACACAGAGCACCAUGCAGACAUAUGAAGAAGUUGAAGAUGAUGCAUUAGAAGACCCCAUGCCACAACUGGAUGUGACUGAGGCCAACAAGGAGUUCAUGGAGCAAAGCGAGGAGCUCUAUGAUGCACUAAUGGACUGUCACUGGCAACCCCUGGACUCUGUGUCUUCAGAGAUUCCUGCCAUGAUGUAG